CUACAACUCCCACGAGGCAUUGGGCAGAACUCCGCACUUCCGGUCACGUCUCACUUCCGGCGUCUCGGGCGCUGACGUUCCUUUCCGGCAGUGGUGGCUCCCGGUAGGCAUUGGGGAUGUACACGAUGAGGCUGGUGGCAUUUGUGACCAUGGUUCUAUUAGCUGUCACCCAAGCAGAGGAAGGAGCCAGGCUUUUGGCUUCCAAAUCGCUGCUGAACAGAUACGCUGUGGAAGGGCGAGACCUAACCUUACAGUACAACAUCUACAAUGUCGGCUCAAGUGCUGCAUUGGAUGUGGAGUUAUCUGAUGACUCCUUCCCACCUGAAGACUUUGGCAUUGUCUCUGGUAUGCUUAAUGUCAAGUGGGACCGGAUCGCCCCCGCUAGCAACGUGUCCCACACCGUGGUCCUGCGCCCUCUCAAGGCUGGUUACUUCAACUUCACCUCUGCCACCAUCACUUACCUGGCCCAAGAGGACGGCCCCGUCGUGUUCUGCUUUCAGAACACGCCUCAAGACUGCUUCUGCCUGGUGCUGGGCAGGUUAAUAGAUGCAGAAUCAGAGUCAGCUGCCACCUUGGGACACAGUUGUUUGCAGUGUGCUCCAGACCGUGCGAGUCCCGCCUCUCAGGGCGGAGGAAUGUGGUCCAGACUCAGCCCUCCUCGGUGCUCCUGUGGGCGGGGCGUACACUUCCAGAAGCCUCCUCUUUAUUUCCUUGUGCCUCUGUCAGCCUGUGAGAUAGAAGGUGCUUCAUUUGGGAAAUUGGCUCUACCAGUGCACCUGGACAGGGCGGGAUCCUGGCUCAGCGGGAGUUUGAUAGGAGAUUCUCCCCACACUUCCUGGACUGGGCAGCCUUCGGAGUUAUGACGCUUCCCUCCAUCGGCAUCCCCCUGCUCUUGUGGUACUCCAGCAAGAGGAAGUAUGACACUCCCAAGCCCAAGAAGAACUGAGCGGGGCUCCCACCCUCCUCUCCGAGAAACGGGUGCUCUCCAGACUCCAGAGGGUCUCAGACGUCCUCUCUUCAUCCUUAGCCCCUGGCCGCUCCAGCCAGAGUGAAGGGCCAGACCCAGAGUCUCUGGGAGCCUCCUUGGUUCCACCUGGAAGCCAUACAACACGGAUGCCUUGGGCCACAGCCUGCAGCAGGGGCCUUGGGCCCUGCCCUCGAGGUGCUGUUGAUGUAUUGCUGCCGUUGUGCGCCCUGGGAGUCCAGGAGGGGCCUUCGGGGGCUGCCUGAGCCCUCCCCACCCGGCCCUGCCCUGUCAGAAAACUGUGGGACUCUCGGAGGCCACCCAGUCUCUGCCUGGGUAGGGAAGAGCUUACCAAAUGGAAUUUUCUAAUAAAAACAAAUACUGCACUGCC